AUGGUGGCUCCGGCCUCUACGGGCGGGAUUUCGACAGGCGUACAGCCUCCAGCGAACCGUCAGCCCACUCGAUCGUCGAGCACCCACCCGUCGCAUUCUCACAAUGUACCCUUGAGCGCUCGAAGGUCGGCACCCCUCGACCUAUCUACGGUCGAACGACGAGGACAGCCCAAUGCUCCUCGAGAGCCCAGCAAACGAAUCCGACCCCAUGGCUUACAGGAAGCUCCGACGUUCCGUCCGACAGAGGAAGAAUUCAAGGAUCCCUUGGAAUACAUCCGCAAGAUAGCGCCCGAGGGCAAGAAAUAUGGGAUCUGCAGGAUCAUUCCGCCAGAGAAUUGGCAGCCGCCGUUUGCGAUUGACACAGAGCGAUUUCACUUCAAGACACGUCGGCAGGAGCUCAACUCGGUUGAAGGAGGUAUGCCCCCGCGUUCAGCCACCUUCGCUGCCGGUGCAACUCCGCAGCCUAGUUCUGACCCGGACUCAGGAACCCGUGCAAACUUGAAUUAUCUUGACCAGCUGGCCAAGUUUCACAAGCAACAUGGCACCAACCUGAACCGAUUCCCUAGCGUGGAUAAGCGUCCCUUGGACCUAUAUAAGCUCAAGAAGGCCGUCGAAAUACGUGGUGGGUUCGAUCAAGUCUGUAAAAUGAAGAAAUGGGCAGAGAUCGGGCGUGAUCUUGGGUACAGCGGCAAGAUCAUGUCCUCACUGUCGACCUCGCUCAAGAAUUCGUAUCAGAGAUGGCUUCAGCCUUACGAGGAAUACCUCCGUGUGGUCAAACCGGGAGUGCAGCAGCAGCUGGAGCUAGAACAUGGUGGUCCAUACACACCGUCUCCGAACCAGUCGCCUAUGGCGAAGAAGCCCGUCUUGUACGACCACACCACACCGUCCACUACGCCGCAAGCUCCUCCGGGUAUUCCGGCCACUGGUGGUCCCCAUGGCACUCCAAAGGAAAUCGAAGCCACUCCUGAUAAACCCACCCCUCCGGCCGAAUCUGCAGCCCCUCGGCCUGUUACGUCCGGCUUCACUCCUGUCAAUGCCGGUGGCGGCGGUUUUACUGCUGUCAAUCGGUCUCCAUCCUUCGUCGCCGUGAAUAGCGGCCCAGUUGUCAAGAAAGAGACUGAGACUGGCUCGCUUACGCCGCAAAGCGUUGCUGAACACCCUCAAAGUUCGACACCUGUCACCAACGGCAAUGGUGGCCAUCCCAUGAAACGUGCCAUCAGUCAUGAAAGUGGCUCCCCGACUGAAGGUGGGGAAACGGACGCAAGUGGGCGAAGAAGCAAGCGCCUUCGAAAGGGUAAGCAUGUGUUUUCUCAACAUUCCUCGUGGCUCGAUAUGUCUGACGUUCUCCUAGAUGCACCACCACCUACCGUCGCGGGUUCACACAUGAGCCUCCUCCGUCCUGCUCCGCCUCGGGCACGCAAAAGCGACAGUCGGAAGAUCGGCGAUAAAUGCGAAGUUUGUGGCAAGUCCGAGGAUCGACCUUCGAUACUUGUGUGCGAUAGUUGCGACCAGGGUUACCAUAGAAACUGUCUUGAUCCUCCCCUGACGAAUAUCCCCGAGUAUGACUGGCACUGCCCCAAGUGCCUGGUCGGCACAGGCGAGUUCGGGUUUGAAGAAGGCGGAGUCUACUCGCUCAAGCAGUUCCAGGAGAAAGCAAACACCUUCAAGAAGAAUUAUUUCGCCUCCAAAAUGCCUUUUGACCCGGUGCUGAAUACUCACCGGCGGGAGUCUGAGGAUGACGUGGAACGCGAAUUUUGGAGACUGGUCGAGAGCUUAACUGAAACCGUUGAGGUUGAGUAUGGCGCUGACAUCCAUUCGACCACACACGGCAGUGGCUUUCCCACAAUUGAACGCAAUCCCCUUGAUCCCUAUUCAACAGACCCUUGGAACUUGAAUGUCCUUCCUUUCCACGGCGAUUCACUUUUCCGUCAUAUAAAGUCGGACAUCUCCGGUAUGACAGUUCCUUGGGUCUACGUGGGCAUGUGUUUUUCGACAUUUUGCUGGCACAACGAAGAUCACUAUGCCUACUCGGCCAAUUAUCAGCAUUUCGGCGCAACAAAAACUUGGUACGGUAUCCCUGGAUCCGACGCAGAAGCAUUCGAAGAGGCAAUGCGCCAAGCAGUUCCAGAGCUUUUCGAAAGUCAGCCUGAUCUACUUUUCCAACUCGUCACUCUGAUGCCACCCGAUCAGCUGAAAAAGGCCGGAGUAAAUGUAUACGCUCUAGAUCAACGAGCUGGGCAAUUUGUCAUCACCUUCCCCAAGGCAUAUCAUGCUGGUUUCAAUCACGGAUUCAACUUCAAUGAAGCCGUGAACUUCGCCCCUGCGGAUUGGGAGCCUUGGGGCGCAAUGGGCGUUGAAAGACUCCAGGCUUUCCGCCGCCACCCGUGCUUCUCCCACGAUGAACUGCUUCUGACAGCAGCCGCUCGGGAUACUUCGAUUACGACGGCCAAAUGGCUAGCUCCGGCUCUUCAACGGACAUGUCACCGAGAGGUUGCAGAGAGGGCAGCAUUCAUCCACCGGCAUCGUGAAAUAGCACCGCACAACUGCGCGCUUGGUUCAUUGGACUCCUCGGCUUCUGGUGAAUGCCAACUGAAGUUUGUGAUUGAGGAAGAAGAUCUUCCAGAAGAUGACUACCAGUGUCAGUAUUGCAAGGCGUAUACAUAUCUGACGCAGUUUCGCUGUCACAAGUCCGGCAAGACAGUGUGCCUGCUGCAUACGGAGACUUUUGAUUGCUGUGGAGACUCGUCCUCUCAGCGGCUGUUAGGCCCAGACCAUACGCUGCGUUACAGAAUGAGUGAUGACACACUGAAAGCCGUCGUGCAGAAGGUCCAGGAGCGUGCCAGGAUCCCAGAAGCGUGGGGGGAGAAGCUUGACAAGGUUCUGGAAAAUGAGCCGAAACCCCAACUGAAGGUCCUUCAUAGCCUACUAAGCGAAGGUGAGAAAAUCCCAUACCACCUGCAUGGUCUCCAAGAUCUCGCGGCCUUCGUCCAGCGCUGCGAUAAGUGGGUUGAAGAAGCAAACAACUACAUCACCCGGAAGCAGCAAAACCGGAGGAAAAACGAGAAGGCUUGGCGCAAGAGUACUUCUAAGGCCGCGCAGCUGGAGGAACGUGAUCGUGAAGUUCGCAGGAUAGAAAACAUGUACGCCCUUCUUGCAGAGGCUGAUAAACUUUCCUUCGACUGUCCACAGAUGGCGGCUCUGGAAGAGAAAACCCGCGAGAUCGAGAAAUUCCGCCAGGACGUUAACGUUGCCCUUAUGAACCCCCAUAUACGGUCGAUCCAGGAAGUGGAAGAGUUGGUGGAAUCGGCUCGCAAUUUCAAUGUGGAAAUACCCGAAGUGGAAGGAUUGGAGCAUAUUCUUCGACAAAUGAGGUGGAAUGAUGAAGCGCGUCGCAAGCGUGAUCAGUACAUGACGCUCAAGGAAUGUCAAGAACUUGUCCAGGCCGGCGAACAAUUGGGACUCUCCGAAACCAACGAACAUCUCAGUCACUUCAAGGAGUUGUGCCGGCACGGUGAGACUUGGGAAGCGAAAGCGAAGGAGUUGAUGUCCGUAGAAUCCGUUCACUAUCAACAACUCGAAGCCUUGUCUGCACAGGCGCUACGCUUCCCCGUCUCUCCGGAAACCCUCUCGGCCGUCGACGCGAUAUUGACCAAACAGCGUGAAGCGCAGAAGAAAAUACAGAAUCUAUACGAGCGGAGCAAGGAUCCAGAUUUCAGAAAGCGUCCGAAGUAUAAAGAAGUCCGUGAACUGAUGGAUUCGCUGGAAGCAUUGAAUAGCCGGCCCACGGGGGCAAUUGACCUGGAGCGUGAGCAAAAGCGCCACGAAGAUUGGAUGCGAAAGGGGAAAAAAUUAUUCGGGAAAGCCAACGCCCCUUUGCACAUCUUGAAAUCUCACAUGGAGUAUGUGGAAAAGAGGAAUUCAUAUUGCUUCGAUUUGGAAGAUCGCUGCCGGCCACCUGUGGAACCCUCAUCUCGAAAUAACACCCCCGACGGUCUUUUGGAGAACCACACCGCGACAACCAGCAGCAGCAUGUGGGGUGGUGGGAAGUCUCGAAAGCGGGAUGUCUUCUGCAUUUGCAGACAUUCCGAGGCUGGGAUGAUGAUUGAAUGUGAGGUCUGCCAUGAGUGGUAUCACGGUAAAUGCUUAAAGAUCGCAAGGGGAAAAGUCAAGGAGUUUGACAAGUAUACUUGUCCCAUCUGUGACUGGCGCCAGAAGAUUCCCCGAGAUGCUGCUCGCCCCAAGCUCGAGGAUCUCCAGGAUUGGCAGGCCGAAAUCCCAAGUCUCCCUUUUCAGCCUGACGAGGAACAAGUCUUGGAGAAUAUCAUCAACCAAGCAACUACCUUCCGUGAUUUUAUACAGAGUUUUACCAAUGCGGCUUGCACGACGACGGAAGAGGUGCCUACGUUAAUUUUCUACCUGCGCAAGAUCGAGGGCGCAGAAGUGUUGUUGGCAUAUGAGACGAAUUUUUUCCGCCAAGAGAUCCAUAAAUGGGCACCUGUUGCUCCGGAACCGCCACCAAUACUGGAGCAGUCCCUGUCGACACGCAAACCACGCCCGACAAAGCAGCAGAAAAUAAUGGCGCAGUUGGGCGUUGAGCGUCCGGAAGAUCUUCCUCCUCAUUUGCGUACCAAGCAACCAAACCAUGCGAAGAGAAAGUCUCUCGAAUCGCAAACCCCUCGACCGGCAACACUGCAGCGUACAUCUCAUACUCCAUGUGAAGACUCCAAUCGCACCGGCCCAGCGUUGACUCCGAUGACGGAAGCACAAAAUCCCCCGUAUCCUUUCUCUGCCAAUUACUCUCUUCCUGCUAGCGACUCUACUCCGGCAUUUGCACCCGGAGCGUCUGCAUUCCUGCCGCAUGUUUCAGCCCACUCGCCUUCAUUCCCUCCGCGAUCUCCAUCGCCGCAUCAUGGGCUCGACAGCGCUCUGUUCAGCUCUCCUCGGUUUAACCGAGAUCCUACCGAGGGUCCUCCAGUAGUUGACGUUGACAAUCAGGACCCCUUUAACAGUAGUCCUCGACAAAAUCUGGAUGAUGUUUUCGCAGAUUUGACGAACCAAGAUGCGGAGCCCGAGCCAGAACCGGAGCCUAUGGAGAACACGCAUGCUAACGAAGCAUUGGAGGCACUCGAUGCAAGUAACGGCGGGGACCACUCUGACGCUAUGCAAGACGACAACUCUCCUGAUACUGGAGUAAAUGGUGACAUGAACGGUCAAGCCGACGCAGAGAACACGACAGAGAGUUCUUGA